AUGAAGACAUUUUUUCUAUAUUCAUUGACAUGUCUGACAGUGGCGACAGUGAGUGGAACCUUUGAAUGUUUCUGUAACUUUUUACAUCCGGAGUAUUAUGUAUUACCGUGUCCUGACCUACACCAUCGUCCUAUUGGUACCAUAGAUAUGCCGGACCAUGUCCUGAAUCAUUUCUACGCUUAUGACCUUAAUGAUCGAUAUUGCAAGGCCAGAUUGUCCGGAGUACAGGCACCACCAGGGUUCGAGCCCAUUCUACAUUACGGACAGUUAGCUUACCUGAGAGUAGACGCCGGAUUCAGAGUAAACAGGUGUACUGGAACGGUAAUUUUCAACAGAGGACAUCUCAACAUGUCCAGCAGUUGUCAGCAUAAUAUCAUGGGACCAAUAGGUUUAGUGAACCAAGGUCCCACCACACCACUUGCUACAUCACCAAAACCCGUGCAAACAACAGCAGCUCCAGUGCAACACCAUCCGGGACAAUGGCACACGUUUGCUCCGCCUGUGGUCACUACCCAGAAACCAUCUGCCCAUUGGAUACCACUCGUAGGAGUUACUCCAUCCGGAUGUAGAAAGAACGAUGUCGAUGUUGCCGUGCAGGGAGGGAAAUCUAUAUACCACUCAGACGCAAGGUCUUGUGGGAACAGUGCAGCGUCUUUCGACGAAUCCGUCCCUCUCGCAUUCUGUAAUAUUAAAGAAGUGUCACACUGGACAAUGUACCUACAGGUACGGUCAAACUGUGCCCAGUUAGCCUCUUAUCAUCCAGUCUCUGUAUUUGUGAACGGGAAUUUGCAAGCCGGAAGCGGAAGUGGAAUAUUUUUAGGAUGCACAAGUUCCGGUGGUUUUAAGCUUGCCCGGCAGACCUGCGCCAGCGGUAAGAUGGAGGUUGUGGAGAUCAACCCUGGUGGUACAGGAGUAUUUGACAAUGUCGAUAACUAUUACGUCAUCCAGUGA